GAGUUCCAAUAAAACAGAGUUGUUCUUCUUUGAGUAAUAUUUGGAAACUUCCGGUGCACGUGUUGACCAUGAUGAUGUUCAUAAAGUGACAACAACUAAAACUAUGACACAACUGAAAGAGAAUUUUGCUGUAGAAACAAAGCAUGAACCAUUUUUCACAGGAGGGAAAAUUUAUAUUUCUAAUAAUGGAACAUAUAUGUUUUGUGGGUGUGGCAACAAGAUCCACAUAUUGGAGGUAGAAUCUGGCCAAACCAAGUUCACAUUAUAUCAGGAAGAAGAUGAAGAAAUAACCCAUUUCUGUUUAUCUCCAAGUAAUGAGUAUGUAGUUGUUGCCACAAAACACCUUGUUCUGAGACAGUGGAGCUGGAAAGAUCAGGUGCUGGUCAGGUCAUGGAAGGCUAUUCAUAUAUCCCCUGUCCUGGCCAUGGACUUUGAUGUAUCCUCCACAUUGUUAGCAACAGGAAGUUCUGACACAACCAUUAAACUGUGGGAUAUUGACAAACAGUACUGUACACACAACCUCAAAGGUCACACUGGGGUUAUAAGCCUGGUGAAGUUUCACCCUGACAAUGAGAAGCUACAGCUGUUCUCGGCCGGUGAUGAUUACAAGGUCAAGGUCUGGGAUCUGAAGACAAGCAAAUGUCUGGUGACGGUAGAGGCCCACUUCAGUGUUGUCACCAGCAUGGUCUUCUCACCAGAUGGCACCACUAUGUACAGCGGAGGUAGGGAUCGUAUAAUUUCUGUGUGGAACUUGGAGGAACUGAAAGUUACGAAGACCAUACCAGUCUUUGAGAGUGUUGAGGCAGUUAUCUUGCUUCCACCAGAAAGAGAGUUUCCUGACCUUGAAGUCACAGACUCGGGAGUUCCACACAUCAUCACAGCCGGCAGCAAAGGGACUUUGCGAGUUUGGGAUAUUGAGAAGUCCAAGUGUGUACAUGUAAGGAAGGAACUGAUUGGCCGAGCAGUAAACAGUGACCAGGAUGAUCAGAACAUUACACAGGCACUGUACAACGAUGCCUUACAGAGUGUUGCCGUGGUUACUUUUGACAACAAUAUCACAUUAUGUAACCUAGAGGACCUGUCUGUCAAGAAACAGUUUUGUGGUAACACAGACCAGGUGUUGGACGUCCAGUUCCUGGGAACCAAAGACACUCACCUUGCGGUGGCCACAAACAGCGAGCACCUGAAGGUGUUUGAGAUUUCCUCCUGGAACUGUCAGCUGUGCUCGGGCCACACGGACAUCAUCCUGGGGGUCACGGUUAACAGGAGGAAAAACCUGCUGGCCACCUGCUCCAAGGAUAACACAGUGAGGGUGUGGAGAUUUGACCCAGAAUCUGGACAGGUCACCUGUGUAGGGGUGGGCCAUGGACACACACAUAUUGUGAGCACUGUAGCAAUGGCAAGUGCAUCAGCUGGCUGGAUCGUAAGUGGGGGACAAGAUUUUACCCUGAAGAAGUGGAAGCUCCCCCCAUCACUGGAGGGACCCUGUACUGAUCUGAAGUGUACUCACACAGAGAGAGUCCACGAAAAAGACAUAAACUGUGUGGUGGUGUCCCCUAACGACAGAUACAUAGCAACAGGGUCACAUGACAGAACUGCCAAGCUAUGGGAUGCUGAAUCCUUUGCUUUAGUUGGCGUAAUGAGGGGCCACAAAAGGGGAAUUUGGUGUGUCCAGUUUUCACCUGUAGACCAGUGCAUUGCUACUUCUUCAGGGGAUGGAACCAUUAAAAUCUGGUCUAUACAGGGCUUGGAGUGUGUUAAGACAUUUGAGGGACAUGACAGUGCCGUGCUGAGGGUGACAUUCAUCAACAGAGGAAUGCAGCUUCUCUCCUGUGGCUCUGAUGGCCUAAUGAAGAUCUGGGUCAUUAAAACCAGCACCUGUGUCUCCACAGUGGAUGAACAUGAGGAUAAAAUCUGGUCCAUCACAGUCAAUAGAGAGGAGGAUCACGUCGUAACGGGGGGAGCAGACUCCAGUAUCAUCAUAUGGAAAGAUGUAACAGGAGAGGAGGUUCAGAAGAAACAGACAGAGAGAGAGGAUUUCAUACUCAAAGAACAAGAGUUGAGUAAUUUGCUCCAUCAGAAGAAAUAUUUGAAAGCUAUAGGUCUGGCCAUCACCCUGGAACAACCAUUUAGAGUUCUCAAUAUCAUUAAAGAAAUUCUUUAUAAUCCAAAUGGAAAAACAGAACUGGAGGCAACUCUUCAAAAACUCAGGCUUGAUCAAAUAGAUUCAGUUUUGCGGUUUGCCAGUGAAUGGAAUACAAACAGCAGACAUUGUCGUGAGGCUCAGUUUGUCCUUAACACAGUGCUGAGGACAUAUCCCCCCGAGGAAAUCCUCAAGUUCUCUAACAUCAAGUCAACCAUGGAAGCCCUCAUACCAUACACAGAGCGCCACUUCCAGAGGAUGAACCGUCUUUUACAGCAGGCCAUGUUCCUAGAGUUCACCUGGGGAUGUAUGCGGCGAGCCACGGAUAAAGCAGGGCCAUUGGAGGUUUCACAACAAAUGACAUCAGAAGGACAAGAACAGGUCACCCAGUCUGUACAGAUGUCAGAGGUGGAGAAGGGAGGUAACUCAUCCUCUGAGAGUGACUUGGAGAGUGAUAAAUCAGACUCCGGUAAUUCUGGAGAGAAUUCAAGUGAUAAAAAGGAUUCAGAAGGGGAAUCUAUGGAGGAGGAAGUCAAAGGAACUAGUGAUUCAAACAGUUGUGAGUCGGACAUUGAGAAUAAGAGACCAUUAACUCUGAUGACUGAGCCACAGGGGGCUGACAAGUCCGCCCAGAAAAGGGCGGAGUCACAGGUGACUGACACAUCAUCGGUGAACAGGGUGGAGUCUAAUACAGCUUCAUCAGGGGACUCAGAUUCUGAAGAGUCCUCAGAAUCCAGUCUGGACGACCCUCCAGUAUCAACCAAUCAAACUCCAAAGGGAGACAGUAGUUUAGCCCAAGAGAAACUCAUAGUCAAAACAAGGAUGAGAGGAUCAAAGCAGAUAAACAGUGCAGAACAGAAGACAACAGAGGAUGUCCAGCCAACCGUGAAGGUCAGAUCCAGUAGGAAGAGGUCACAGCAGGUGGAGCAUGACGAAGAGGAACAAACUAGACAGAAGUGUGUGAAGAAAUCAGUGAGGGGACAGAGAACCAGUCAAACUGAGAAAACCAAGCCUGUAACAAACAGUGUCAAAAAGUUAAAACAACCACUUACAAGGUCCAAAGUACUAAAACAAAAGGGAAGAUAACUGAACUGAAAUUGAUUUUAUUUUUAUCAUAAUUUAAUAAACUAGUACAUUCACCAUGAUAUGAAUUCUUUUUUAAACAUAAAGAAAAAAAAACCUGUAUAGUACUGAGUAUUUUUUUAUGCUUCAACCACAAAUUAAAUUCCCUCAGUCCAAUGUUUUUCAUCAAAGCACAAAGGUUUUACCCAACGAAA